UGCCUCAGUUACAUCGGCGGUAGGCCGGGAAAGUUGAGUUGAGUUCAACUUUGCCGGUAUUUCGGCGGCAAGUAGAGGCAUAAUGAUACAGUCGCAGGCAUGCCGCAGGCAUAUGUGAACCAGGCUUAACGCUUACUGAUGCUUACUGUUGGCUUACUUGUGCUUUGUCACAGAGUACUUACAUACAGAGGUCUCAUUUCAGGUUAAUUUAGCACAAGGGAUUUUUUCAGUCCGCCAUAUGUUCUUAGCAAGUGCCCUAAAGAGAGACAGUCGCCCCCUGAAAACAUAUUGAAAUUCAAUGUUCCAGGGGGUGAAUACCUCUCUUAAGGGCACUUGCUAAGAACAUGGCCUCCAGCUAUUUCGGUAAUAACUACCUAACGGUUUUCCCACAGAAGUGAGAUUUCUGUAUGUAAGUAAUCUGUGACGAUAUAUCGCUUAUGUUCCUACCUUCGAUAUGAAAAUAUCACGAUAAUACCUAAAUUGAACUGAAUAAUUAAGAAAAUUGGUUAAAAUUUUGCACAGGGCUAGCUUGCGUUCACUUGGUCACUUGCUGAUCCGAAUCUUUUCUUACAGGACCAGGUUGGAGACCAACGUGAUUGCUUUAUUCCAAACCCUUCCUGCAAAGAUCCAAAAGUGUUUCAUUGGUUUGGAAAGUUGAUGGGAGCAGCAUACCGCAGUGACGAGAGCUUGGCAUUGUAUUUCCCUCCCUAUAUUUGGAAAUUGCUGGUCGGUGAACAUGUCACAUGGAGUAAAGAUUUUUCCAAUGUCGAUGCAGUGGCUGUCAACAUGAUCAGUAAGUACAUGGAAAAAAUUAGAAUUUUUUAGGGGCAUUUCGGCGACUCCACACAUACAAUUUUGAAAAAUAGGGGGAAAAUUGAUCAAGCCCUUUUAAAGGGCUAUUAUUUGUCAGAAAUAAAAAUUUUUAUAAAGCAAUUGCGACCGCAAAUUAAAAAGUGAUACCCCAACGUUUGCUAUGGCAACAAUGACAAUUGGGAAGGGAGGAGGGAAGCAGCUGAUGAAUUAGCCAUUUCCAAAAGUCCUGGGUCUAGUCCACUGAGCUAUACUAUAACUGGAGGACGUGCUCGGCAUCAAAAAGUGUCGCCAAAAACAUGGCGGAUUUCGGCCUUUGCUGACGCCAGAAUGACGCCAUCUGGUUCCUUUUGCUCAUACAAUUACCACUGAACAAGGCUCAAUUUUGAGCCCGCUACAAUUUUCACUCCCCCUGAUUUUUGCAAAAAAUAUUUUGUUGUUUUUGCAGUCGUAGUUUUGGAUUUUUGACAUAAUUUUUGGACGUCGACUAUUUUUUUCAAAGAUGUGCAGUUUGUACAAGUUAUCCUUGUUUGCUAAAGACAAUACACCUAGAGAAAUAUCGGCAAAGACGAUAUUUGAAGCCAGUUGAGACGAGCUGACAGUCUCGGACGGGUAAAUAAUAUUUCACAGUUCAGUGAGUUCACAUUCUCGAGAACCUGAAAUACUGUAAAUAUUUCGUGAAAAAUUGGUCUUUUUGGUGGGAAUGAUUAUAUUUAAAUACGAUGGAUAAUGCUUUAUUUUGGCUACGAGUAUUUAAAGUUUUGGUUGUGGAAAAUUCGUGGACUUAUAGUUUCAUUUAUUUUUAUUAAAUAUGGCUGAUAUGUUGUAUAAAUGGUUACAAUUACACAUGUCUAAGCUCUUUGUAUCUUGAUAGUGUUUUGGAAAUUUUUGAUUUCCUACAAGUAGUAUGAAACCAUACAUGUAUCAGUAUUUUGUGUUAUUUACUAACUUUAUACAUGGUGCUUUUGUGGGGAAUAUAAUACAAUGUGCAUGAUGUCAUUUGUGGGAAGAAGACAUUUCAACUAAUGUGGAAAGCAGAUGGCAUUAUAGUUACUGUCUUCUCUGAUAGCUUUUUGAUAAAAUUUCAAUGAGGGGCUUGACACCUCAUUUUUUUUAUCAAAGGUAUUAUAUGCAUUGCCCAGUACCCACUCAUUGCCCCACUUAAUCCCUCCCUUUCAAUUUCAAGUAAGGAAAUUAAAAAAAAUCAAUUUUCAAUAUUCCCUGCAGGCCUACUAUAGGUCAUUGUGAUGAAUCACAAUAUUUGAGGAAAACUAUAUAACAAUUUUACCGAUGACCUCUCCCAUAUUUUACUGAUCAGAAUUCCUUUUUCUGAUUUUAUCAACAAUCUUAGCAGAAAAUGGGGGUGCACAACCCCUUGGCCCACACACAAGGUACACCCCUGAGUUAAGCCAUACUGUACUUCAGACACCCUUGGCUUAAAAUUCAGUAUUUUUUUGUGCAUUUCUCUUUGUCAUUUCACAUGCUUUUUUCUUUGCAAAAUUAUCCCACAUUUAUAACACAGUACACAGCUGAAGUAAUUUAAUUUAACUUUUUCAAAGAAUAUUAAUUAAUUACAAUAAAUAAUUUUAAAAUCUAAACUGUUCUAAUAACUUUGUUGCCCCAUUGGCUAUGGCUAAUUUGCUCUGCUGUUCAGUAUCUUGAAACUUCUAGGGGUACUUUUACUAGGAGGUACUACUGGUCCUGGCCAGUACACCACAACUCCAGCUAUUUGAACCUCCAAAGACCUUGUGUUUCAUUCUUGUCCACACUAAAGUUUCAACCUAAAUAAGAAAAGUGAGUAAUGUUUAAAUAUAUUGUAGUUAGCCAGUCUAUCAUUGUGAGGAUUAUUCAGACAGAUAUCAGACCCUCACUACAGGGGAUCAGAUAUUGGUGUGAUCUCUAGAUGGAAGCAGGACAAACCCCUCUAUCAUAGUAAAAUGUUUGAGGACAUAUAUUAAACAACUGAAGGAGAAGGGUGUUAAUUAACUUGCAAAUUCCUCUUUUUGGGAGGUGUGAAUGUAUUGUGGAAUUACCCAUCAAUGCUUGGCUUUGGGUCAACUUUCUUUGUGUUGAGGAUAUCAACAAAACAUUUACUUGUAUUGCAGAUGUGGUAUAUGCACAUAAUAGAGAUCUAUUGCAGCAUAAAAUGUUGCCCCAUGGCCAUCACAACUCAAGCUACUGUCAAAAGUACCAUAUACAAAUUGGUUGUGCACACCUACACCCCACAUAUACAUGAAUAACUGCACAGUAGGCAAGUGUUGUUUAAUACAAAAUCUGGCAAAGACUGAAAGACUAUAGCAGUUUAAUAAUAUAAAGUUAGGAUAGUCACAGGAAACUUAUUUAUCAAUAUUUUAAAUUAAAUCCAGAGCUUACUACAAAAUGCUUACAAUGCUUAUUGUAAGUGUAAGGGUUUUAAUAAAUGGUAUAUAGAAGGACACAAAAUAUUUAAAACUACUGUAACUGGCAAUAAAAACCGAGAUAAAAACACAAAAGCCCGAGGUUGAAACAAAAGCAAAAUUACAUACAUGCACACAAAUUUUUUAGCCAUCUGAAAAGUUUUUAAAAAAUACUUCUUACCUGAAGAAAAUACUCUUCGUUUAUAGCGUAUUGUAGCAUCCACAAGCGGAUAAGAAAGGCAUUUUUUAGUCGACUUUGUAAAACAAGCCAAGUAGGAGAAAAAUAUUUUUAGCUCGAAACAAAAUCAUUUUUCCGUUUUAUCGAAAAUCCAGGGGGGUGAAAGACACCGUCAGAAGCAGAGGAUCGCGGUUUGUCAGCGGUAAAUACCAUUGCCAAAAGGAACCAGAUGGCGUAAGCAAACGUGAAAAUCCGCCAUGUUUUUGGCGACACUUAUUUGACUGACGGAAGAUAGGAGCAGCUCCUCCAGUAAUAUUAUAGCUCAGUGGUCUAGUCGCGCAAAUCCCAUUUUGGGUAAUCGUUCCAUGUUUCGCGCACCAAUAUAGUAAACGUUAUGUAAUGGAUAUUAUAGUGUACUGAAAAGUUAGCUGGAUACCUACAUACACGUAUAUACAUACCCUAACCCUAUCCUUAAACCUAACCCUAACCCUAGUACCUAACCUCUAACCCUAACUUAUAUUGGUGCGCGAAACAUGGAACGAUAACCCCAUUUUAGAGGGACAAAUAUGGCAGCACACAUUAUAAUUAAAUUAAAAGUUUAAUUGUAAAAAGGAGAUAUUUCAUUUCUGGUCGUCUAAAAAGUUGAUAUUUGAUAGUAGAUACUUCUACUCUUUCACAUAUUUGACGCCUGUCACCAUAUAUUUUACCUCCAACCGACCCCAGAAUGCACUGUGAUCUCCUUUAGGAAAAGGCUAAUUACAUGCUGUGCGAGCAACUCUGCAUAUUGUACUAACAUUUUCUUCGUUGUUGAUGCAGACAAUAUUGAAUCAAUCAAAAAGGAAGAAUUUGAUGCAAUGUAUGGCCAUGACUUGACCUUCACCACAGCUUGUAGUGAUGGUAGUAUAGAGUCAGUCAAAGAUGAUGGCCGUCAGUUGCUGGUAAAUUAUGAGGCUAGGUUGGAAUAUUGCCAACUUGUGAAGAAGAUUAGAAUGUUUGAGUUUAUUGACCAGGUAUGUGCAUAAAUACUUACGCUUGAGGUAAAGUAAGAGUAAUCCCUUCUUGGUGCAGUGUUACUAUACAGGAGCAGGCCUUGAAAUAUCUUUUACAGGGCCGUCUGACAAAAUGUCCGAUGACGUUGAGUUUGGGUCGGACAUAUGUCCGAUGAUCUUCAGUUCACUUAAAUUGAUUCGGAAGGAAAUAAAUCUGAUUAUUAAUUCUGAACACUAUGUGCUAUGAAGAUAUUAAAUAAUUUGUUUCUUUCAUACUUAUUUCCAAGCCAAAAUUAACUUGCUUUCCAGAACAGCAGUAUUAAAAAAGACUUUGACAACUCAAGCCCGUUUUCCACUUCACCAUUUCGUUCGCCACCCCGCGCUCGACUACAUUAAAACAACAUUUCCAGUUCACCUUCAUACAAUAGUACUCUGACUUUCCAUUUAACAUAUAUUAUAAGCCUCUAGUUCUGGACUGGGGUACAUUUUGAUUUACGUUGGACAAAGCUACAGUUCAGUCGGACACCAAUACACUCAGGUCGGACAAACAUUAAACCUCAGUUUCAUUUAGGUCGGACAGAAUGUCCGGUGGUUUCCUCUCUACGUCGGGCAAUUUCACGAAUGUGUCGGAAAAUGUCAGUGACCGACCGAUAUUUUAAGGCCUGCAGGAGGAAACGGAUACUAAACAAGUAACUUUAUUUACGCUGGAUAGCUCUAUCGCAGCACAGUCCAUCAAGAUAUGAUGGUCUGGAAACUAAACAGAAGUCAUUGUGUUAUAGUUUUGUCUGAGUUUAUGUUAUAUUUGGGUACGGUCACAAUGAUUGAGCUCCGAUAGGGAUUUUAAUUUAAUUUUAAUUUUAUUUGGAUCGAUAUUCACAAUUUUUAACAAACAAAAGAAUAUAACAGAACAAAUAUUACAUUAAGUUAAAAUAACCUAGAUAUCAAAUGUAGAUCCAAAAAGGUAAGGUACGAACGGGACUCUUAUAAAAGGUCCCAUGCAGGGCACCCACCUCCAAAAUAGUAAUCAUGAUAACAAAUAGAACAUCGCGAACUCAAACUCGCUAAAGGGUUCAGGCAAGCAAAAAAUUGAAUGGAAUAGUUAAACUCGAAAUUCAAAAUAGUCACCGCUUCAGAGAGUUUGAGUAAACGUGGCUCUAUUUCCUUAAACUGGGCGUGUCAAGUAAACUAAGAGACAGAUUGAACAUGCAUGUAAAGGUAAAGGCCAGCUUCCACACAGGAAGAUCCUCCGCUGAACAGAAACGGCGGGAGAGCUUUCAUUGUGUUAAAUUCACGACGUCCACGUCAUUCGUGUUGAUUAAAUUCAUUUAGUUCGAAACCAGAGGUCCAAACGAAAUGAGAUGAAACGUGUAGCCACGAUCAAUGCUAUUUAAUAAUGUUGAAACAAAGGAUUUGUGCACUGUGAGGUACAGUUCAACAUCAAACAAAGGUCUUUACUUUGUGGCUUUGAAGUUUGCCAGGUUUCCAGACCAUCAUAUCUUGACAGACAAUAGCAUAGCCUGAAUAUCAAGCGCUCGAGCUCGAUCAGUUAUAAACUGUUCCCUCUAUAUAAGUCCAGUAAGAGCAAUCCCUUUUUGGUCCAGUGUUACUAUACAGGAGGAAGUCUAAACUUUAUUUAUGCUUGAUCCUCCUGUGAUAACAUUUAUUUUGAUUUAUGGCCCUUACUGGACCACAAUAAAUCGGUAUAAGUGUUACCAUACAGGAGGAUAACUAAACAAAACUCACUUUUUAACUGGUCUCCUCUCGUCAUUCUCAACUGUUCUCCCUAUAAGAGAUCAACAAACUAAGCCAAGUUAUAUACCAUACAUUGAUUACACAUUAAUUUAUAUUUAGAUAAAAGCAAUUCGUGAUGGUUUCCUGACAGUAAUUCCUCAAUCAUUGCUUGAAUUGAUAACAUCACAAGAACUUGAGAGAGGUGUUUGUGGCUUCAAUGAAAUAUCUAUAUCUUUACUCAAAGAAUCAAGUAAGUUCCAUAAGUUUCAAAUAGUCGCAUUUUAUCCUGUCUACAUUCUGCUUUUUUUCCCAUUUUACCGAUCCCAGAAUCCCUUGACAACUAUUUUGCAUAUCUAUUAUGGUAAGAGAUGAUAGUGCUCUGAAAGAGUGCUCAAAUCUGUUCAUUGUUAUUGUAAUGAUAUGUAUACAAAAUGUAUAUGCAUUUCCGGUUGCUAUGUAUAUAUAUGAGCAACUAUGUAAUUGUAGUUGAGUGUUGAUAAUACAUUGAUAGAACUAGAGUCUAAAGCAGACGUUACAUGGUGUCAGGAGUUAUGUCGGAGUUAUAAGCGAAACUCACGUUGUUUGAAAUUCAUGAGUGAAUAGUAUGGCUGAAGAACAUACAAAUCCGUCCGAAGAACCAGGGCAAGCAGCAAUUGCCAGAGGCAUUCAUAUGAUUCCAUUGCCAGCUGCAUUAAUUGUAAGAGGAAAUUUGGCUUCGAACUGGAAGAAGUUCAGAAGAAUGUGGAAUAACUAUGAGAUAGCACACGGUUACGACAAGAGUCGAAGGAACUAAGAACAGCAACGUUGCUCACUUGCAUUGGAGUUGAAGCGCUUGAAACAUACGAAGGUCUAGAGUGGGCGAGCGAAGACGAGAAAAUAGAUAUAGAUAUUGUCCUGCAAAAACUUGAAACCUUUUAUGUUGGGGCUACAAAUGUUAUCUACGAGCGAUACAAUUUUAACCGACGAGUACAAGAACCCAGCGAGUCGUUCGAAGCGUAUGUCGUUGCGUUAAGAGCUCUGGCUAAAUCGUGUAAUUACGGACAAUUGACUGACGAUUUUAUACGUGAUAGAAUUGUCGUGGGAGUUCGAGAGAAUAGCCUUCGAAAGAAGUUACUUCAAACAAGAGAUUUAACGUUGAGAAACUGCAUUGAUAUCUGUCGGGCGAGUGAAACUACAAAUCAACAGAUGAGAAAUAUGUCGCAAACCGAAGAUAUACACGCAGUUCGCAUGAAGAGAGAUGGAAAGAAAGACAAAGGAGAUCAACGAGGCAGAACGAAGGGAUUAACUCAAGAACGUAAACAACCCGAACAAAAGCAGCCAAGCAUAUUAAAAUGCAAAUAUUGUGGCAAAACCCAUCGGCGGAUCAAAGAAGAGUGUCCAGCGUGGGGAAAGAAGUGCUUAAAGUGCAACAAGGCAAAUCAUUUCGCGUCGCAAUGUCGAAGUAAACAAGGCUCGGAGAAAGGAAACAUUCAUGGGGUCGGCGAGCUGUUUGAGAGUGAGGAUGAAGGAGCUGAGUACGUAGAUUACGUUCUAACAGUUCAAAGAAAGUCUGAUAGGUCUGUCACAGAAAACAAGUUUCCCAAGAGAAUCUUUGCACAUAUGGUAUUAAAUGAGACGAGUGUGAAGUUCCAGCUGGAUAGCGGAGCAACCGUGAAUGUUCUACCGUUGCAGUUGUAUCGAGAUAUUUUCAACGAUCCGAAGCUUGUGCACCUGAAAAAGACACAAACGACGUUGGUGAUGUUUAAUAAAUCUAAGAUGAACGUAUUGGGAAAGUUAAAGACGAUGACUAUCAACCCUAGAAAUGAGAUGAAGCAUGCAGUUGAAUUCGUGGUGGUGAAUGAGGAUUACAAACCAUUGCUGGGUUUUGAAACAAUCCAGAAGUUUGAGCUAAUGACAGUGAACACCGAGAACGUAAUGUCAGUCCGAAGUCAUUCCGGAAUCAAUCCGAAGUCGUUCCGAAAUCAGCACGAGAGAAAUCCGACGUUUGUCCGGAGUCAUUCCGAAGCGAGCCCGAAGUCAAUCCAAAGUCAGUCCGAAGUCAUUCCGAAGUCAGACCGAAUUUAUUCCGAAGUUACGAAGACAGCCCGAAGUCAACCGAAAGUCUGUACAGAGUCUGAAGUCUUCAGCGGGUACAAAGACGUGUUCACAGGUGAAGGCCGAUUUGAAGAGAAGCUGCAUCUCGAAGUUAAUAAAGAAAUUCCACCCACUAAAACACCUGUUCGGAAAGUACCAAUCGCCCUCAAGAAACAGAUUAAAGAAGAGCUAGAUCGACUAGUAAAAUUGGAUGUCUUGACGAAAGUGGAAGUACCAACGGAUUGGAUCUCGUCCAUGGUCGCUGUUCAAAAGAGAGAUGGAAGCGUUAGACUAUGCAUAGAUCCAAAGCCAUUGAACAAGGCAUUGAAGCGAAAUCAUUAUCCACAUCCAGAUAUAGAAGAUCUUCUACCCAACUUGGCAAAGUCCAAAGUAUUUUCCGUGGUGGAUGCAAAGAAUGGAUUUUGGCAUGUACAAUUAGAUCAAGAAAGUAGCUAUCUAACGACGUUCGCAACGCCUUGGGGCCGUUACAGAUGGAAGCGGAUGCCGUUUGGAAUAUCUCCAGCUCCAGAAGAGUUUCAACGAUAUCUAGAUUUAGCGCUGGAAGGAUUGGAAGGAAUUAAAGCAAUUUGUGAUGACAUACUUGUCUGCGGAGUUGGUGAAUCUUAUGAAGAAGCAGUGCAAGAUCAUGAUAACAAGCUGGUGAGUCUGCUUGAGCGCUGCAGAAGUAAAGGAAUAAAACUGAAUUCAAAGAAGCUGCUGUUUCGUCGCAACCAAGUGAGUUUUAUGGGUCAUUUAAUCACGUCGAAGGGACUGAAGCCUGAUCCAGUAAAGGUGGAGGCGAUCCAGAAGAUGCCGAUACCGUCAAACAAGCAAGCGGUGCGACGACUCCUUGGAAUGGUUAAUUAUUUGCAAAGAUUUUCACCAAAUUUGUCUUCAAUCACAGCACCGUUAAGAGAGUUACUCAAAGAAGAGAAUGUGUUCCACUGGAGAGAAGAUGUCGAAGGGAAGUGUUUCAGCGAAGUGAAGAAGAUUUUGUCAUCACCUCCCUUGUUGAAAUACUUUGAUCCAGAUCAAGAUUUGGAGUUGCAGUGCGAUGCUUCUGAAAAGGGGUUAGGGGCCUGCCUAAUGCAAGAUGGUCAACCGAUUGCCUACGCGUCGCGGUCUCUUACUAAUACCGAACAACAGUAUGCUCAAAUUGAAAAGGAGAUGCUGGCGGUCGUAUUUGGCACCGAAAAGUUUGAACAAUAUGUUUAUGGACGACGUGUGAAAGUUGAAACCGAUCACAAGCCCAUUGAGAGUAUUAUGAAGAAGAGUCUCCUCAGCGCGCCAAAAAGAUUGCAACGUAUGAUGCUUCGUCUGCAGAAAUAUCAUCUAGAGGUGACAUACAAGAGAGGAUCCCAGGUGUAUCUCGCAGAUACCUUGAGUCGCGCAUAUUUGGAAGGAAGCUGCAGCCCACAGAAGUUUGAUGAAGAAGUAUUGUCGACCGGAAGUAGCAUUGGGAAAGAUCUAGAAAGCAUAGAUAUGGUCUGUAACCUUGCAAUAUCCGAAGAAUCGUUGACAAUGAUCAAACAAGCUACAGAGGUAGAUAACGACCUGGAAAAGCUGAAAACGGUUAUCAGACAAGGAUGGCCGGAGACGAAAGAUCAAGUACCACCAAGUCUGGCAGAGUACUUCAAUUUCCGUGAUGAAUUGUCAAUUCAGAAUGGAUUGAUUUUCAUGGGAGAGCGGUUAGUCAUUCCUUAUGGAGUGCGAUCACACAUGAAAGCAAGAAUUCAUGCAAGUCAUAUUGGCGUCCAGGGGUGUCUGAGACGUGCAAGAGACAGUGUGUAUUGGCCUGGAAUGACGAAAGAACUGACCGAGUAUAUUUUGAGAUGUCCAACAUGCAACGCCUAUCCACAAGGUCAGCAGAAAGAACCACUGAUCAGUCACGCGAUUCCCGACCGACCAUGGGAAAAGGUUGGUAGUGACUUGUUUGAGCAUGAAGGGGGUGACUUUUUAGUGACAGUUGACUAUUUUUCCAAUUUCUUUGAGUUGGAUCAAUUAAGAAGCAAGACCAGCAACGAGGUCAUUGGGAAGCUGAAGUCACAUUUUGCAAGAUAUGGAGUUCCUGAUCAACUUAUCACAGAUAACGGACCGCCAUAUAACUCAGAAGCCUUUCGUGAAUUUGCAAGGGAGUUUGAGUUCGAGCAUAUCACCAGCUCUCCUGGAUAUCCGAAGUCCAAUGGAAAGUCAGAGAAUGCAGUGCGCACGGCUAAACGGUUGGUGAAGAAAGCGAAGGAGAGUGGCAGAGAUCCAUAUUUAUCGUUGUUAGAUUGGCGUAACACUCCAAGCGAAGGUGUUGGAUAUUCACCCGUACAACGAUUGCUGUGCCGGCGAACUAGAACAUUAAUUCCAACAGCAAAGAAUUUGCUAAAGCCUACAAUUCCAAAGGGUGUCGACCGUAAAUUAUUGGAGCAGAAAAGCAAGCAAGCUUUUUAUUACAAUAAGGGUACGAAGGAAUUAUCGGAGUUGAAAGAAGGUGAUCUGGUUCGUAUCAAGCCGUUGAAGUUAGCAGAGAAACGUAAGCCAUGGGUGCAAGCGAAAGUCGAAGGAAAAGUGGACAUUCGAUCCUAUCAGGUACGAACAGAAGAUGGUCGAGUGUACAGACGAAAUCGACAGCAUCUUCGACAUUCAAGAGAACAACCAGAAGAAAGUACUACAGCUUUUGAUUUCCAGCCACCUUUGAUUGAAACAAGUGCUACAAGGGACAGUGUCGAACAAUCAAGUCAAGAUCACGUUGUUAGUAAACCACCUUCUGAUCAACCACAGCCUGCAGAGGUCGAGGGAGAUUCGGCAGAACAACCGACAUCUAUGAAGACUACACCUGUUGUGUUAGAUGGUCAACAGAGAACACGGAGUGGAAGAGUUGUUAGAAAACCCUGUCGAUAUCAAGAUUAUGGGACAAGAGCCCGUGACUAUAGUUAGAUAAAUUAAGUUAUAGUGACUAUUAGUUAGAUAAUUAUGAACUGACUAAUAACUUUAUUCUACAGUCUUUGUUAAUUUCGUAUGAAUGGUUAUUUAGAAUAUUCAUUAGUGUCCUUGAGAAACUUUGAAAAAAAACAAUAAUUUAAAAAAAACAACUUUACUAUAGUAGAGAGAACUUUCUAGUUUAGAGAAGGAGGGAUGUAAUGAUAUGUAUACAAAAUGUAUAUGCAUUUCCGGUUGCUAUGUAUAUAUAUGAGCAACUAUGUAAUUGUAGUUGAGUGUUGAUAAUACAUUGAUAGAACUAGAGUCUAAAGCAGACGUUACAGUUAUGAAAGUCUCACUGUUCUCUGACAAUGCCAUUCGCGAUUACUCGUUGUUUUCUGGAAACUCUGCAACUCCAAAGUCGCUAUAGAAAAUGAGCUUCGGUUUUAUGUUGAGACGGGUUUCCGUAAAUCCUUAAUAACCACACCGCUCCUAAUUUCAAACAAAUGUUUAUUUCGAGAUGCGAUAUGGAAACAGCAUAUAAUCUCAGAAGUAAUUAUAUAAAUGUGGCACUUCCAAUGCGAAGAAGAGAAUUUCUCAAAAAACGUUCCAGUACAGCGAAACGUUCAUACACAGGCUCCAUCGAGCUAUACCUUAAACCGUCCAGUUCUCGAUUUUAACUGCAUGUGUCACAUCGCGACCUUGUAUUUGUAUUAAUAAUUAUUUGUUUGUUAUUGUAGCUAUCUGUCUUUUAUUACGGGAACCACUGAGUAUUUUUACAAAAUACGAAACAACGAUAACUCAGAAAAGGAAAUUUUAAAUAUAUAGUUCUACUGUAUAGCUUUCGAUUGGAAUGCAUGCAGCUGAUGAUGAUGAAUAAUGCAUAGUCGAAAGCUAGAUUACAAAUUUGCCUUUUCGGAGUUACCGUUAUUUUGUAUUUUGUGGCUUGUAUAUUUGUCAAUGUAUAUUUGUCAAUUUGUCAAUGUGUAUUUGUCAAUGUCUUGUAUAUAUGUACAGUCCGGAUGCCUCCCCCGCACACACACGUUGAAAGCAGCUUUUGCUGAUGGCGCUAGCGUCGUUAAAUAAACUCUUUUUACGUGUGUUCAUACUACGCCGUUACUGUUUGUUUACUAAUUAAAUUAGCACUCAUGUAAACCCAAAAUAUUUCGUAUAUAGAGCUAAGGAAUUUAAACGAAAAGCAUUCGAAUUUACUGUUUUGAGAUCAGGGGCCGGUUGUAUAAAAAAGUGAUUAAAGUUAAGUAUAAUUAAGUGGAAAAGUCAACCAAUACGAAGCGCCUAUUUGAGAGUUAAUCACUAUUUAACUACAAAAUAGUGAUUAAAAAAGCGAUUAAGAGUUUUAUACAACCGGUCCCUGAGAUGCUUGGUUUGCAUGUAUGCGGUACAAAAAUGUAACGGCGUUUGUGUUCACACGAAGCCGCUAAGCACUCCGUUCUUCGCUCCGUUAAGAAACCGUGCUCAAAUUGUUACGGCAAAGUGACGGUUUCGAACAAUUUUCCUCCGUCGUAGUGUGAACGCGACCGCUAAUUGUGACUUUUCUGCGCCGUUUUCAAAGCGCUCCGACGUAGUGUGAACGUUGCUUGAGGUCAUUUCAAAACAUUCACACCCGAAACUCUUCACUGACCAGGUUUCUUUUUCAGUUCAUUAUGGCGACGAACUGUCUUCGGAUUCCGAAUGUGUCAUUCAAUUAUGGAAAGUGUUAGAAAACUUCAAUGCGGACGACCGUAGUCGGUUUCUACGUUUUAUAACGGGACGUAAAAGGCUGCCAGCUUGUAUCACACUUUCUCAGAUGUGUGGGGAGAAAGACACAUUACCAGGGGCUUCUACAUGUGCUAGUACACUGAUGUUGCCAUCUUAUUCCUCUGUUGAAGUAGCGGAGAAGAAACUUAGGUAAUUAUUAGUUUUAUAUGUUGUUUUUCUUGCCUCUCAAAUGAACUAAUUUAGUUUCAAUCUCGUACCCAGGGCUUCUGCGCUUGUGGCUCUCAGCGGAUGUCAUCACGCGAAUGAAAACGAUUUUCGCGCGCUUUUUGUUUUCCUUUCCUUUGACUUGAUUCAGACUCGACUUGUUGAUGUCUGCCGUAAAUGACUCAAGUUAAAUCGACUACAACUUGUUAGUCGGUGUGGCCACCUGUGGUGCCCACCGACUCUAGGUUUGCUCUUUGGUAGACCACAAAAUGACGAGUUACGUCAUUUUUUGAGCAAUAAAAAUCAAAAUGGCGACCAUGGAAGAAUAGCGUACAAAAGUUCGCUAUUGACUUGUAAUCAAUAUUUUGGUCCUGUCGUGUCUUUUCUUUUGGGUUUUUUGCAAGAAAUAUAUUAAGAAUUGACGAGGAGGCAAGAUGGAUAAUUUGUACAUGAUUUUAUAUAUUUUGGUCUUUUGGAUCUUAGGAUCUACAUAAAUUAAACUUAAAGUCAGACAUCGCCUGCUUCUUUCGAUGGUCUACAUCCUAUUCCUAUUAAAUAGCAUUGAAGGAUUAAGGUUCAUUGGGGCAAAAUACUGUAUUACCAAAAGCUGAAAACAAAGUGAAAAGGAGCAACUCAAUUUGCUGAUAUCGUGUGGAGGUACUUGGAAACUUUCUUGGAACAAUAACAUAUAUUAUUUUUCCAGUUGGCCGCCUAAUUUAUACUGCACGUUGGUAUGUAGAAUAGUAGAUAUGACUAAAGCCGCAGCGUUACUGCUACAUGGUUGUAGACUAGGCCAUUAGCUAGGCGCUUGGUAAUCAUGCGAAAUACCUCUCCUCUUACGAGGCAUUCUAUCAGACAGAAGUUAUAAUGCGUCUAGUUUCGAGGGGAAGAAUAUUCUUGCCUUUCAACCUUCGACACACUAACUAGCUAAGUUCGGUUUUAACUUGGCCAGUUGGUAGCAUAACACCAGCCGAUAUGUGUAAUAACAACAGGGUAAAUGCUUAUUUUAGCACAUACUAUAUACUGUACUGUAUACUAUAUAUGACUAUUAAAACAACAUUGCUACAUGGUUGUACUUGUUUUAACUAUAGACCCAUUGCACUGACGUCACAAAUCCUUAAGUAGAGUGUCCUCCAGAUGCUCCCUAACGUUUUCUGUUCUGGUACAACAACCACAUACAGCGCAAAAAUUAACCUGAAGGAUUAGCACUAGUUUCCAUCUGUGAAAUUGACGUGACGUCAUUUUCAGAAGAUGGAAGAGGUGUUAAAUGCUUAUGUGACUAACCCAAACCCUACCCCUACUCUAACCCCUAACCGCAACUCUAGCCCUAACCCUAACCCUAACCCUAACCCUAACCAAAUUAAUAAAAAGAUCCAGAAAGAAACGACUUUAGAAAUUGAUCAAAUUACGUAAUGUCAGUUUGGUAGAUGUAAACAAGUGAAAACCUACCUGAAGCCCCACAUGCGGUUCACAUAUUGCAAGCCAGGGUAUGUCAAUAUGUUACAGAAAGUGCGGGGUGGACUUGAUCAAAUUCCCUAAAUCAUCGACCAAGUUCAGCUAUUGAUUCGACUCGAGUGGAGCCAUCACACGCAAAUGACUCGACAUAACUCGGGGCUUGAUCUCCAAGCGACUUGACUAGAUUAAUCGUGACUCAACCUUGGAGCAACUCGCUACCACACUGUCCUAUUGUGCGCAAAACAUGAGCCUAUAAACUAGAAAUCACUGUGCCACGUAAGUACCUCGUAAAAUAGUUAUACGGUAAGACAUUAUCGUGUUGAUUAAUUUAUUUUAUUUAUUUUAGGUACGCUAUUUACAACUGCAUCGCUAUUGACACAGACACAAGUCCAUGGUAAAGUACUGAAGUUAUUCAAAUUUUCGCACUUCACAAAUGGAGCACGAGGUAGAAUUGAUUGCAACAAGUAAUGACCCGACUCAUGGUAGAGGCGAGUCACAUAAGGGACACAAGAAGCACCAGGUUUCUACCCGGACGCCACCAGGUAGAACAUCACGAUUUAGGGCGUGUUCAUAUGAGCCCAGUUAACCGGAAAACUCGCCUGAGUGAAACCUGCCUGACCUUUGUUAACGCAUAAAGAAUAGGCAAUUCCAGCUUUUAAUUUAUGCGCGCAGGGGGUGACGGGAAGUAAGGUAUCAUAUUGCUGAUUAUUCUGAAAAAGUUCAAUAAAAACUGCCGAAACAACCGAAAUACAGUAGAACCCCGCUAACUCGAACUCCCAAGGGGAACGAAAAAUUGUUCGAGUUAGCGGGGGUUCGAAUUAACCGGACUUGGUGUCAGAUUUCAUUUAUUAUGUUAAUAAUUAAUAAGGUAUAAAAGUUUUAUUAUACUGUUCAUCAAAAUUACAAAAGGUUUAAUUGUGCAUUCCUAUAACUAAAGUUCUUUAUAGUCAGUAUCUUUUUAACUUGGGUGAUGGAGGAGGCAUGCAAUUUCCAUGCAAACUAAAGUUCUUUGGACAUGAAAAUUAUGUAGAAAUUUACAAAAGGAACUAAAAAAAUUAGAUCAAUAACAAUCGUCGCAACUAUGUGUAUAAUCCCUUAAAAUUUAUGAUCAUUUAUCGUCAGACCGAUUAAAUUAACAUUUAUCGUCAGACCGAUUUAUGAUCAGACCGAUUAAAUUGUUAUUUGAAUAAAAAUCCAAGUUACCGGUUGUCAAAAUGCUAUGUUCUGACAUUUUAAGGUUUGCCGGUCCACGACUCGAAAACAAAGUUCGAGUUAACGGGAUUAAUUUGACCAAGGGAAAACAAAAUUUGUUCGAAUUAGCGAGGAGUUCGAGUUAAGCGAGUUCGAGUUAAGCGGAGUAAAUUACUAUAAAAAACAGUGUCAGAUCCAAGGGGAAUUGGAUUUAGUUCGAGUUAGCGAGGAGUUCGAGUUAAGCGAGUUCAAGUUAGCGGGGGACUACUGUAUGUCAAUAUUUACAAGUAUAAGCUAUCACUCUGUGUUUAUGCAGCCGCCAUUUUUAUUUUUUCAGCAUAAUCAGCAAUGUGAUACCUUACUUCCCAUCUCCCCCUGCACGCAUAAACUAAAAGCUGGAAUUGCCUAUUGGAUUUGUGUUCGUAUGAGAAACGAGUCAACCCGGCUAGGUGGGAUCUCAGUCAAGUGGGAUUAUAUUUUCCAUGUGAAGGCUAAAUCCUACCUGACCCGUGAUGGACUCUCUUGCUGAUUUUGACCUAGUACAACGGCACAGUUGGAAAAUACAAAAAAAAAAUACAUUAAUUGAAGGUGCGGUUUGUUUAAUGACAACAAAAAAAUAUUUCAAAGACGCCAUGUUUACAUAAUAAUGUCAUCCCACCGAGGUGGGAUAUUUGGUGAGAUAAAUAAGUCAUGUGAACACAGAAAUAAGUCAUCCCACUCGGGUUAACUUCCCGGCAAACCAGGCAAAUAUGAACACGCCCUUUGAAAGGCAAUAGAUCUUUAUCAUGCACGCUUUCUGCAUGAGUCCAUUUAAAAUUUGAUUAAUAGUAAGUACAGAAAAUUUAGAGGCUUUAUUUUGUAAAUUGUGGCGCAGCGCUAUUUUUAAAGGGUAAAUAUCAACCUAAAAUGAACGUGUUUUGUGCUUGGAUUCAUAAAACAAUAUAUAGUGAUCAGUGUUUAUGACUCGUUCUUUAGAAAGGUAAUUUCUAUAGUUCAUUGUCUUUUAUUGUUAUUAACAACCAAUCACAAAGCCCGUUCAUACAAGUUGGUGCAGGCGACCAUUUUUAAAACCAUAUGAACUUCAAAAUUUUAUUAGAAAAUAUACGGGGAUUUGCAUGGGAUCGAGGUUUGAUCGAGCGCACGCGUGCUCAUUCAAUGCAAAAUUCCGAAAAAUCCGCUAUUAAAGACGAACUUUUAGAAAGGACGCUACACCAACACAAUUCUUAAAAUAUAGCCUUUUAUUUGUGUGUACUCACAUGGUCAAGCGUGAUAAAGAUUUAGUCGUCUGCCUACACAGACGAAUUGUUGUUUUCCUUUGCCGAAAUUCUUGAUUUCUUCUAUAAAUCGGGUCAUUAGUAGCCAUUUUACGUGAGCAACACAGAUAAUUGAGCAAGGCACAAUCACGUUGUGUGAGGUAUUGUGUAAAAUUUAUAUUAGAACUUUAUAAGAUAUUCCUUUAAAGUUAAAAUGUGCACUAGUUCACAUUUGGCAGCUUAAUAAGUGACACAAAUUGAGCUUGUCAGUUUCCUAAAACAGAAUUUAAGUAUGAUAGUACAAUAUAUAAAAUUGUGUAUAAAAGACAUUUACAAUAUUAAAAUUCUUUCAUAACCCAACAUAAACACUAUAUUGUCAACCUAUUCCCUUGUCUUUCUAUAAAAUAUGUAGUUUAUCACAGACUACUUAAUGUAUCCACAAAUAGGAUGGACGUAAAAAACCAUACAUUGUACUUCCAGUGUGGUGCCAGCAUGCGCAAAACAAGUCCACCACAAACGCAAAGACAUUGGUGUCAAUUGUUCCGAAGGUUGUCAAAAACUCAAAAUGGAAGCGAGAAGGAGCGACUGGUGUUUUGUCUUUUCUGUGAAAAUGCAAGCGGAAUGAUGAAUGUGACAACCUAAAAACUAGAAAUAAUUACAGUCUACAUGUGCAAGAAGCAGUAUUAUGCAAGAAAAUGAACCAAAGGUGACUGUCGAUAAAUUUAUUGUAUAAAAAGUUCUUUAACUGAACCAUACAAAGAUAUUUUUCGUAGGUUCAUAUGAUCCACAUUUUUCUCAAUAACUUUUUUUGCGUAACAUGUAAAUUUUUGCGUCGACUAUAUUUAAAGGUUAAUGCACCAAUUCGUUAAGCAAAUAUUCUAAGACAAUUAAGAAAACAACUAUAGCACACACAAUGUUGUGGGAGAAGGGUUGUCGAGGAGAAAUACUCCGAUUAUACUUUAAACUGUGGUCAAAGUGUCGCCCCACAGACUCACUAUUACAGUAAUACUAGAAAUACAUACAUGCAGUAAUCCCUUGCCUAUAUUUUCCAAACAUUGACUUACAUGAAGCACUGUACUAGAAUUGAUCAACACUGAACGCAAGCUCGCGUUUACGUCAGCGUUGCCAUGGCAACACGACAAUUUUAAUUUUUGUGGCUAGCCCGUUUGCGGGCUAGCCACUAUCAUGUUUUCCAGUCCGGAUUUUCGUAAAGUAUCGGCAAGUAUCGGGAACAAUCGGAAACUCAAAGUGUACAUUUGCAUUUCGAGGCAUUUGCGGACUUCUACACUAGCAUCGCGUUUAAUAUUCCCAAUUGGUCCUAGAACGGUACCUUGGGGUACUCCGCCAUUAAGUUUUUGCCAGCUUGACGUACAAAGACCAAUCUAUACACGUUGUUCCCUUUCUGUUAGAAAGUUUGCGAUCCAGUUAAUUAUAUUUUGUGGGACGUUCAUGUACGAAAGUUUGCACAGUAAAAUGUUACGAUCAAUAUGAUCGAAAGCCUUAGCGAAAUCCAAUAGAAAAAUCCUUAUGACGUUUUUUGGCUCAGUGAAUAAAACUUAAAAGUGCGUGCGUUGUCGACGAACGUUUUAGUGCGCCAUAUUGUCGCUUAUCAAUCUUGUCAAUAAUAAAUUCCAUCAGCCAAACUGCAAUGAAUCGUUCACUUAUUUUAGCCAAUGUAGGUGUAAGGGAAAUUGGUCGUAGAUCCGUGUUGAUAUAAUUUAAGUUCUUCACCUUUUGGAUUGGAAUAACGUCCGCUUUUUUCCAGAUAGGAGGGAUCAAUGAUUGUUGAAAGGAUGCAUUUAAUAUAGAUGCUAUUGGUAGGGCAAGUGUUAAUGAAUUAAAUUUUAGGACCCAGUUAGGUAUGUGAUCAGGGCCAGACGAUUUUGAAGUUGAAAUGGUGGAUAAUUUGCGGUAAACGUCGAUUUCAGUUAUGAUUAGUUCCGGUAGGGUUUCAGAAUAAUCGUUUGUAGUUUGCAUGGCAACAGGGGUGCUACGUAUCGGGUCAAGGUGUUGUGUAACAGAUACGAAGGCAGUGUUUAUUCGUUCUGCUAAAUCAUUGCCAGUAAUAGUCACACCCUCCGAGAUGACGGUCAGUGGUAAUUGCUUUUUUGGGUAACCAGCUAAUUGUUUAACAGUGUCCCACCAUUUCUUGCUGUUCUUAUUACCUUUCAACUCAAAAUCUCUUGCUCUCUCUAAUGCACUGAUUUCGUAGUUUGCGAUACAGAGGAUGGUUUCCUUGGCAAAAGGCCUUUUGCCGGUUAGCAAUAAGGUUUUUGUAAUUAGGUGUUAUCCAAGGUUUAUCACUAGCAUGCAUCUUUACAGUCUUGUUUGGUAGGAAAUAAUCUAAACCUGAUUCAACGACACUAUAGAACAUGUUCAAUUUCAUCUCGCAUGACUCCGUUCGAUACAAACCCAGCCAAUUGAUCUUGGUUAGCCAUUCGUUGAAAUCACGUUUAAGGCCCUGUCACACUAUUGCGUAUGAGAGAAACGUAUGAGAAGCGUAUGAAAAUUAAUGAAAUAAUUUUCAUACGCACAAAAAUCCUUUGAAAUGCCAGCAUAUGAGUACCGUACAUCUGGCAUACCUCUAGCGUAUUCAGCGUGUGCCUAGAGUAUGCUUAUCGUAUAAAGCAUAUGUCCAAUACGCACAAAAUGUUUGAGCAUGCUUAAAAUUUUUUUUCUGCCUCGCCGUAUGCCACCGUACGCGACCGUGCUUAAAACGUAUACAACCUAUGCCUAACGUACAUCUAGCGUAUGCCAGCGUAUACCGGCGUAUGAGUGAUAUUUUUCAUACGCUGGCAUACGCUAGUACGAUACGCAAUAGUGUGACAGGGCCUUUAGUUCUCGCGUUUCCUCGGGCAUGUAGUAAAACAUGGACUGGACUCAUUAGUAAAACAUGGACUGGACCCGAUUAGUAAAACAUGGACUCGAUUAGUAAAACAUGGACUCGAUUAGUAAAACAUGGACUCGAUUAGUAAAACAUGGACUCGAUUAGUAAAACAUGGACUCGAUUAGUAAAACAUGGACUCGAUUAGUAAAACAUGGACUCGAUUAGUAAAACAUGGACUCUAUUAGUAAAACAUGGACUCGAUUAGUAAAACAUGGACUCUAUUAGUAAAACAUGGACUCGAUUAGUAAAACAUGGACUCGAUUAGUAAAACAUGGACUCGAUUAGUAAAACAUGGACUCGAUUAGUAAAACAUGGACUCGAUUAGUAAAACAUGGACUCGAUUAGUAAAACAUGGACUCGAUUAGUAAAACAUGGACUCGAUUAGUAAAACAUGGACUCGAUUAGUAAAACAUGGACUCGAUUAGUAAAACAUGGACUCGAUUAGUAAAACAUGGACUCGAUUAGUAAAACAUGGACUCGAUUAGUAAAACAUGGACUCGAUUAGUAAAACAUGGACUCGAUUAGUAAAACAUUCCUAAAUGUAGUUCCUUGUCUGUUUUUUUGUAAAUUGUAAUUUUAAUAACAUCAACUUUAGUGUAUAAGAGGGCAUGUAGUAAAACAUGGACUGGACUCGAUUAGGGGCCGACCAUUUAACUUUCGAGGGGGGGGGGGAUUUUUUCUGGGAUCGUUAUGUGCAAGUUUUUUUUUAUCCCAUCACCAUGCACGAUUUAUAUUGCCACACUUUCUUUCGCAGCAUUUUUUUUCAAUAGGUUAUACUAUUUAGAUUCUUUAAUUAUAGUUAACGUUGAGUUUUCCGCUUCAUGCAUUGCUCUUAAUAAUACAUAUUGCUAUGAGGUAUAACAUUUGGUUCAGGGCCUUUUUUAAGGAUGUGUAACUGGAGAGGACAUAAUUAGCAGAGGACCUGGAGAAGUUCCAGUCGGCAAGUCUGUAUCCAGGGCCGUAGCUAGCAUGUAUAGUUGGGGGGGGGGGCUGUAGGCAAAAAAAUUUCCGAAUGACGAAAAUAAUUUCCGAAUAUAUCAUGGCAUACUAAGCCACGAAGAUGUUUGCUAUUCGGAAAAUGAAGACGCAAUUUGCAAACAACAAUACGCAUAUUUUACGCACAGACAUAUACAGAAGCAGUGCGGUAGGGAGCUUUUGUUUAUUGGGGGCAGAAAGCGAGGGCCGGAGGGCCGAGGAAAUUUUUAAAUUUCGAAAUGCCAUUUCAUAGAAAUGUCUUUAAAAUGCCAUUUGCUGGACUUUGGGGAAGUUUUGACAGAAUGCUGAUGGUCAGAAAAAAGCGUUUAUAGUGACAAUACAAUUUUAUAAUAUUUUCUCUGUUUAACAACUAAAAUUUUGUUCUACUAUUAUUGCCAUAAUUUUCCGAAUGGCCAACCCGAUUUUCUGAAUAUGUUGAUUCUAAAAAGGUUGGGGGGUUAACCACCCCCCAAUACCCCCCUCCUCGCUACAACCCUGUCUGUAUCACUGCAGCUACCUACAGCAUAUAUAUGCAUGGUUUAACUAAUAAGUAUACGUCAUAGGGCAGCAGCUCAGGCCAUGCUUAACUAGGACUCUGAGACAACUGAGUCGACCACCGAAGGCGCGAGCCUCUAGAGGGGUCUGGUGGCAUGCCCCCCAGAAAAUUUUGGAUUUUUUGAAGCUCAGAUAAGCUAUUUCCAGCAUUUUGAGGAGUUUUCCAACAAGAAAUUAACCUUACACUAGUCCCUGAAAAUCAAACCAGCUGAUCUUCUCGGACUGGUCAAAUCGAUCCCUGCACCAAAUACUGGGGCAGGAUAUUUUUUUCCCAGUUUGUUAGUGCAGGUAUUUUUUUGUUGUUCAGAAUAGCCUUGCAGGAAUUUUUUUUUCAAAAUCCCCCCCCCCCCUCAAAAGUUAAAUGGUCGGCCCCUUAGUAAAACAUGGACUCUUGGUAGGCAUGAUGUGCUAUUCCAUUGAAUGAUUCAGACCAAUUUUUUCCUGAAACAUUUAAACAUUUUUUCAUUGUGUUAUAUUUUAAGCUGCCGUAUUUCUUGAGUCUGUGAGGGGCAUGAUAUUUUUGAAAGUGUCGCGUAUCGAUUUAUUCCACGAGGAACUUCCUAAUUAUGUACGUUUCUCUGAUGACCCCAUCCCCCCCCCCCCUCACCUUACAAACCUAACACGAAAUUGAAUAGAGGUCGGUUGUACAAAGGCGUUUGGCUUAAAGGGUGUAUAGGCAAAAAAUUAAAAACAUUCCUUCUCAAUAUACAUAUAUUGUAAGUACUUGAACUUAAUUUUAUCAACUAAAUGAGUAGUUUUAUGCAUUAUUAUUAUGUUUAGACAGAAAAGAAAAGUUUAGUUUGCUUGUAGUCAAUAGUUCAUAGAUUUGUUUAAUUUAUACAACCGACCCCAGAUCUAUUUAUCGGCCGUUGUUCGCACGCAAACAAAUAUGUAAAUGCUUCAUAUUUAACUAUUGGCAAACGGUUGCCGGUGGUCAGAAUGUCUGACACUAUCAAUCCAAAAUUCGUAAAUUAGUAUUGCAGGAAACAUGCCGAUUGUCGGAGAAUCUUUUUAUCGAGUAUAUAUUUAUAACUUGAAGAAUAUCGUGUACACAACGCAACCGCGUCCAAAUUACGUUUCUCCUGGGAUAAAUCGAUGUGGACGUGUUAAAUAGCAAAGGUGUUUCUGUUUACAUAAAAAUAAAAAAAUCAUCUAUAUCUAUAUAGCAUUACCUAGCUGUCGGUAAAUAAUUUGGUAUUUAUUCCACAUUUACUUACAAUGGCCGAUGCUUCUUGAAACUUUACGUUAAAUAUCGAUGAGAUCUCUUGUACACUAAAGUUGAUGUUAUUAAAAUUACAAUUUACAAAAAAACAGACAAGGAACUACAUUUAGGCAUGUUUUACUAAUCGAGUCCAUGUUUUACUAAUCGAGUCCAUGUUUUACUAAUCGAGUCCAUGUUUUACUAAUCGAGUCCAUGUUUUACUAAUCGAGUCCAUGUUUUACUAAUCGAGUCCAUGUUUUACUAAUCGAGUCCAUGUUUUACUAAUCGAGUCCAUGUUUUACUAAUCGAGUCCAUGUUUUACUAAUCGAGUCCAUGUUUUACUAAUCGAGUCCAUGUUUUACUAAUCGAGUCCAUGUUUUACUAAUCGAGUCCAUGUUUUACUAAUAGAGUCCAUGUUUUACUAAUCGGGUCCAUGUUUUACUAAUCGGGUCCAUGUUUUACUAAUCGAGUCCAUGUUUUACUAAUCGAGUCCAUGUUUUACUAAUAGAGUCCAUGUUUUACUAAUAGAGUCCAUGUUUUACUAAUCGGGUCCAGUCCAUGUUUUACUAAUGAGUCCAGUCCAUGUUUUACUACAUGCCACGAAACUCGGCCACAUAACUGCUACAAUAUCGCGAAUCACGAAAAAUAAAAAAUGUCGUUAAAAAUCCCCGUUGCCAUGGUAACAAAGCGAUUUUAUAAAUGGCCAAUUUGCAGAUUCUUCGAUAAUUUUUUUAAGAUUUCUUCGGUAAAACUUUUUAAUUUUUUGCGCACAGUAAUCUUAUCUAUAAUUCCUUCAGCUGAUAGCAUUUAAAAAAAAUCGUAAGAGAAUUUUUUUUAAUCCUCAAAAAGGCCUCUUUUUGGAGUAAAAAAAAUUCGGCUGGUACGAUUUUCUUAAAACUUGCACAUUUUACGUACUUCAAGAUUACAGGAAAGUGUGUGAAGUUUUAAAAAAUUUUACCAAAGGAAACACGAGAAAAACACUGAUUUAUUUUUAUCUGUGACGUCACAAAAAUCAGGAUUUCAAUUAUUUCCUCGCGCGAUGAGCCGACAAUCCCACGAAGGCCCGCGCGUUUAUAUCACGAAGUUCUGACACAAUAAAUAGCGAGCUUAAGCAAGUGACGCUUUUGACAACACGGACCUCGACCGGAAGUAAAGUUGACGUUUUCCACCAAUCACAGCCCUUGACCCAGUCUUCUGACGUUACUCAUGCCGUCCGUGUUGUCAAAAACGUCACUUGCUUAAGCUCACUAAUAUAUUCUUUGGAACCGCAAUUUUAAAAAACCCGCCACGCGUGCAACGUCGACCACGCGUUUUGCGUGUAGCACUACUAAUCUCGCGCGUGGACAAAAUUUCCGCGACACAGACCUAAAACUGUAGGGAGCCACCUUAAGCUAUUCAAAACACUCGUUGUCGUACGAUAAAACACUCCUACUCGUGUAGGAGUGUUUUAUGUCUGUUUUAUGUCGUACAAACGUAGUGGAGUUAAACCAACCGAUAAUUAAUGAGUUUGACUAAUGGUCGAGGGUCGAGGGUAAUAGCGGUAAUAGGUCGAGGGUAGAAUGUCGAGGGUCGAAAAAAAUGUCGAGGGUCGAAAAAAAUGUCGAGGGUCAAUUUUUUGACUCCAUAAUUUGUUCGCAAAUUUUUAGUAACAGAAUCAAAUACUUACCAUUGCACAUACAUAUCACAAUUAAUUAAUUUGCUUUAGCCCAACGUCAAUGUUUUAUCCCUAUUAUGGAAUUUGCCAUGGCGCAGAGUAAGUAUGCUUCGCUAUUAAACGCAAAGUUUAGUUUGAACAAACAGAUAUGUUUUAUACGCCGAUGUAUAUACUAAGUAACGAAUAAACCCUAUUUUGAUCAUUAUGAAGUUAAUAACUGAUCAAAUUUCGAUCGCUGCAGUCAAAAGGCGCCGCUUCACAUGCCAUUUGAUAAACAUAACAUUAACCUGAGUAUCAGGCCCUCGGUAUUGAAGAGAGCCUGACACAAUUCGCCUCUACGGGCUUUCCACCCCCAGAAUAUCAGCCAAUUAAAAUUAUUUCCGGUUGUAGCAUAUUUCCGGUUGUCCGCUCUGACAGGUAUGUAAAUACGCAAAUUUCGUUAUUUCGGUAUGUUUUUGUCGAAAUAUCCACAUGAUGGAAUUCUAAGCAUAAACUAUACCUCAUUCGGGGAACCAUAGCUCGAUGGCUUUUUCCAGGAGUCUAAAGAGACAACAUUCGGCACUCUGAAUAGGAUUUCUUCUUCCUCGGUCCUCGUGUCAUGUUAAUAGUUUAUUCGAGACAGCUAUAAUUUCGCUUCAACUGCGUCUGACACAGCGGCUAUUGUCUUCAAUUUCUGCCUGAUGUUGGCAUAUUAGUUCGAGCGAGCUGACUAUGUAGUUUUAGUUUUAUACCGAGUAAAAUGUUGCUGCAAAAGCGUUUUCAACGUCUUUUCGUACUUAUUUUGUCAUUUUUAGGCUUAAUUAAUUGAAAAUAAAUUUCAGAAAUAAAGCAUAUAUUGACAAAUAUAUUGACAAAAUUACAAAUCCUAUUUUUGGUGUUUACAUACGCCGGUCAUAUAUUUCCGGUUUGAAUCACAUGAUGCGUUUUAUCGUCUCUUAGCCAAUCAGCAUAACAUCCAGAUUCUGGAUGUUGAACAUGGCUAUUGGCUUUAGAGGCGAAUUGUGUCAGGCCCUCUUUCAAUACCGAGGGCCUGAUACUCAGGUUAACAUAACAUAACCCUUUGCGACCUUUCUGCACUCAUGAUUUCAGCAAUCAUUACGACCACAAAAGCGAUAUAUAGUACUGUAUAGCUAUGUUUCCCGCAUGAUCUAGAAACCCACGACUAAACACUAAAUAAUGUCGUAUAAAAUAAUUUGUAAAGCCGUGAUUUUCUAACUAUCAGUAUUUUCUGCAUCGUGGCAAACGUUGACAGACGGCCAAUUGUCUUAUGUGCAAUGCCUACGGCAGCAAACAUUUUUCGCACAGAUUAUUUUCCGCUCAUGUUGUAAUUUCUUGCGCCUAUGGCUCCUAUCGUCUGCGUGAAUUUGAUUACUGCGCGAAUCCGAAUACAAGUAUUACUCCAUGCAUGGCUGGGGAUUAUAAAGCCGGAAAAUAUUUCAACAUUAAGUGAUAUUUUCCUAAGCGCUAAAGACAAGCUGACUUUUUUAAAUAAUGUGUAAUUUAUCAGGGAAGAAUGAAAAAUAAUAUUUAAAGAAUAUGUUAAUUUUUGGCUGAGAUAGAGCGUUUUUAGUAUGCUAACUUGUCGACUGAACUGCGGUAAGUGUCAAUAUGUGGCGGUUCGACGACUCGUCUUGUGCAAUUAAGCUGUUCAGUCAAAGUUUAAAUCGGUAUAAGUUUAAAAAUAAUCUCAUAUGAUGCGACUAUUAUGGGUAAAGAAUGAAAAAAAAUAUUAUGACGAUAAAGUAACUUGUGGCGGAGAACGAGCGUUUUAAAUCGCCAAGCGGCACGCGUGUUUGCAGUCUCCAUCAAUAUGUCGCUGUUCGGUGACAUAACUUAUGCGAGGCCUCCAGAGAUAACUAAAAGCGCUACAGACAAGCCGAAUGCUUUAGGUGAUGUGCAAAUUAUCAGUGAAGAAUGAAAAAAUUUAUUAUAGCGUUACAUCUAUUCCUUACGACGAUAUAGCGAUUUAGAUAGGAACUAACCGUGUCUUGCUCAAGAUUUAAUUGACCCGACACGGUUUGGCGACUUGACUUAUGCAAGCUGUUUAGAGUAAUCUAGAAGCAGUAGCGACUCAGGGAUUGCGUUAUAUGAUAGUCCUUUUCUUGAAGAAGAAUGAAAAAAAUUAUUGUUAAGAUGGGUGAAGGCUUUGUGGAAUUAGAGCCUCUGGCUCCAGAUUCAAUCUGAAACUGGAGCUGCGAAUCUGAAACUGGAGCUGACUGGCUUCUCGUCGAUUAUUGCUACCACAGCAAAUUUAAUUCAUGUAUAGCUAGCAAAAUUCCCAAUUUUAAUGAACAGAUAGACCCAAAAUGCAAUGCACAAAUACCCAAAGUGCAAUAUGCGCAGCUAAUAUGAAAAAUAAUCGAACAUCUACCUUUAUAACUUUUGCCAUGAACUUGCCAUAAAUUUUUGUCAUAUUUCAAUUAUGUACAUUUUAAUAAAAAAGAUAAUUAACGAGUAAGCGAUGUAGCAACAUUAUGUCCAGGGAAAGUUUGGCAUAUACAAUAUACACUAGUUAUACUAGGUAUUUUAUACAUGGUUUAAUUUAGUAAGGAGUUGGUUUACCGCGUCAAGUCCGAAUCAAAUCUGAGCCCGAGUCAAAUGUCUGGUCUUUGUAGUUCAUUGACGUAGUACCAUACGUAGUACCCUAACCCUACUCCUAACCCUAUACUCCUAACCGAUUUUACUCGUCAACGGGGAAGCUCUGCUAGGCAUGUCCCGAUUGUGCUCGGCAACUUUUGAGCAAUUUUUUGCGUUUGGAGCAACUUUUUUCGGCUCGAACAACUUCAAGUAACUUUUUUCCUUUUUGAUCAACUUUUUACUACACUCUUAGUAGUGAAAAAUGGUAUGACCCCCAGCUGUAGCCUCUUCGGCGCUCUGCAGCUUAAUGGGUUACCAAAAAAAUCUGACAAUGUCUCUAGUUAACCCAUUGCGCCCCAGUACUUAUUUUUUUACUUGUUUAAUGCCAGACGAUUUUACUCGUCAACAGGAAACUCUGCAGCGUAAUGGGUUAAAUAGGCAUGCAUAUUAGUUGUUGAAAGCACAAGUAAAUGAAAGAUCUGAUGCCUUUUACAACAAGUUUAAAGAGCUCAUUUCUAUAUAGCACUGUACAUUUAUUAUAUUGUCGGUGGUGCAUAGUGGGGUUACUAUUUUUUAGAAUUCAUGUGAGGGGGUCAUUGAAUUUUUUUGUGAUGCAGGGGGUGGGGCAGGACAUUUUGUUUAGUUAAUUGAAUUUUGCCAGCCCACCUCCGGUCAUAAAUAAUGAAUGGUCCCUUAAAUAAAAUCGAGCAAAUGACAUGUUUCUCCUGUCGUUUGACCAGGGCGAAGGGAGAGAGGGCGUAGAAACGGCCAUACAUCGAGCGGACCCAUCCGUGAUGCGGGCUUCGCGGGGGGUAAGACGUUCUAAUUGUAAACAAAUAUGGCUACGCGUAUAUGACCCAUCAGAAGUUAUGCUGAAACUAUUGCUUUAUAAAAUAUUACUUGUGUAAAAUUCAUGUUUUUGUUUCUUUCAGCUACUAUAAGAAACUUAAAGAUAAGAUUUAAGUAACAAAAAACUUUAUUUCGGGUGUUGUUUUAUUUAUAUACUCUGUUUAAUUUGGUGCUUAAAAAUGGCCGUCGAAUUCAGGGUGUUAGCCAGUGGCCGUCCAAAAUAAUUUUGUGGGCGUGGCCACGAAUUUUGUGGUCGUGGUCACAUGUGUUUUGGGCGUGGCCUCAAUUUUUUGUUGUUGUGGAUUGUGGUGUUCUAUUCGUCGAACCUUUUUACUUAGAUGCACAUUUCCGUUAUUAAAUUAGUAAAAGCACACGUAUGGUAUGAAUCAUAUAUCACUACGAUGUACAGUAUAUGCUAUAAUGAAGAACACAAUACAGCAGUGUAGUGUUUAGUUAUAUAAGUAAACAGCAGGUGACAACAAUUCGAGGUAUUCAAGAGAUAUUACAAAGCUUGCAAAUUGCUAUUUAAAGAAAACAUUCCUUGAGGCUGUUCAUGGCCGUCCAUUAAAAUUUAGCCGUCCGAAUUCAGAAGUGGCCGUCCGUAGGACGGUCGGACGGUCGCCUGGCUAACACCCUGGUCGAAAUGUUGUCCGAGAGUGUUAGCGCGCACUGCUUCCUGAUAAAAAACCAAUGAUUUCCAAAACCUAAGUUAUAAUUUGUUAUUAAAUUAUGAUGAAAACCUUUGCGUAUACAAAAUUAUAGAGUGAGCAAACAUGAGACAGAUAGGUUUUGAACCUUUCAAAGUUCGAGGUCGAAUUGACAGUUGAAAUAGUACCAAACUCCAAGCUGAAAUGUGCAACUAAAUCGUGUAUAUUUUUGUCAAUUUUUUUCGCUGGCUUUGUUAAAUUCACUUGCAAUGGCUCGACAUAAGUUCCAACAUACAAACUGAGCAGAGCCCAUGAAAGAGCUAUCCAUACCCAUACAGUCAUUCAGCUUCCUUGCUAUUUAGAAAUUGUUGCCCAUUAGUUGAAGAAGAAUUGCUAUUGUAUGCGCUUGUUUGCACUUCCUUUCCUAAAAAAAGUCUACAAUAUUAAGGCUAAAUAGCAGGAAAAAAAGGCCCAAUAAUCCAUGCAAUUAAAAAUAUCUAUCAAAUUAACUUCAAAAAUCAUGAUUUGAGGAAUUAUAUCUAUUCAGGCAACCCAUAAUUUAGUGACAGGUCUUGGCAAGGUGAAAGCUGAAAGGAACCGUUAAGAUGGGUGUACUACAAAACUAUAUUGACUGAAGUUUUGGAAACAUAAUUUAACUAAAUUUUGAAGGAUUGACUUGCAAACUGUGAUUCAGUAUCAUGGAAUUUUACGCUUCUAGAGAAGUUGUGGCUCUGUUAGUGCCAUUUCUUUCAUUGUUUAUAUAUCUUGCUUUUAAGCAUUGCUCACUUAGGGCCGGACCAUUAGAUUUUUGAUGGGGGGGUUGUGCAUUUUCCACACUGCUUGAUAUUUUUUUUUCGAUAUUUUUUUUUCAUCCUUCAGACAAGCAGGAUAUUUUUUUAUUACCUCUGUGUCCUUGCACGAUAUUUUUUUUCUCUCAACUUUCAAAAUCAAUAUAAUCAUUAUAUGUAUUAAAUAUGCAUAUUUUAAUAUGCAUACUUCAAAACUGUACAAUGACCAAUGUAAUAUUUGACAGUUCUUAGACUUCCAGCAAAUUGAGAUGAAAGCAUAGCAGGAUCUGUCAAAUCUUUUUAUUUUUGUUAUAAAAUAUUAGAAAACGAAAAUCUGGAAAUGCCAAUUUAGCAUUUCCAGUUACAAUUUAGCAUUUAAAGUUUUGGCAAUUUUGCACCUUCAUAUUUUAAAAGCGCUUGAAAGGCACUGUUUGAACAUGGUAAUAUAGCUAUAUACAAUGAAAUGUUUUACCACAAAGGACCAACUUAUGGCCCUCAAUGGGUUUUAUAUAAUUUUGACGACUUUGCCUACAGAGGCUAUGCAAAUUUUACCGAGCAUUGCAAAAAUGGUGUACAUAUUAUAUAAUAAAUUUGAUCUAUAAUGAACGUCGUCGUAUAUAAAAGGCAUUUAAUAGGCCAUAAGCUGGGCGCCUGGGAUUUUACCAGAUUAUACGAAUUUGGAAUGGACGUAGAAGCAGCUAGAAGGGAUAUCUACAGGAUAUUCAUGAAAAGGAUAUUGACAUGUUAGGCUUGACAGUAUUUGAAUGGAGACGACUUCAACGUGAGAUCACUACUUGGAGAAGUGAAGAAGAAAGUGCGAAAAUUGGUAAUGCCAAAACAAGUGUUGCUGCAUUCAAAACAUCUUCGGCAUCUGCAGUCAUAUCCUUGCCCAACUCUUUGAGUAAUUUCUUUGGGACACGAGAUGGACAAGGGAACAUAGUCGUCUCUAUUGAAUCCUUAAAGAGAAAGUACAAGGCUCUAUGGUAUGAGAAUCCUGUCAAUCCAACUCAAAUAUUCUCCAACUCAUUUAUUCUACAAAUGGCAGAACAACGGAUGCAAUUUGAGAAGACCCUCCGUAGCUGUGAAUUAUGGUGCAGAAAACAAAGGUCAACACGAAUUUCUUUUUUGCUGGCAUUGGCAAAAACACCUGUGAUUUCAAUGUGGAAUCAAUACUACAAGUCGCAAAGUAUUAUGGGAAAGUGUGAAAUAUUAGAAAGGCAACACCCUGCAGUAGCAUCAUUUUUGGAAAACAGAGUCAGAGAGGAAUCAUCCAAUGUGCCAUCAAAAGCCAUGUAUGAAAAUAUCUGCCAGUAUGUUGCAAAACUUGAAGAGGUCAGCACCUUUUCAACCAAUACCCUACAGAAGUGUGAUACUGAGAUGGCUAAAUGCAUCCCUGCUGGAGUACGUACCCAAAAAAGGUACAGUAUAGUUUCCACUUUUCAGAAGAGAUGAUAGUAUUUUUAUAGUAGAAAAUAGACCUAUAUUAACACACAAAUUGGAAAUGUUAGCCAUAUAGGUUAAUACAUUUAUACAUUAAUCUCGAAUCAGGACUUGGGGUGCGUAGAAAAAUUUAGGAUUGGCUUCUGAACUUUAAUAGUUGCUUUAUAUGCACUUUAAUAUAGGUUACAAGGAUGAGUUGGAUUUCCUAUCAAAGAAUAUAAGACCUCGACUUAUUGAGAUCGACACUUCCAUCAAAGAAAAGGCACAACAGGCUCGUGAGUGCAUGGAUGCAGCCAGAGAGAAGCAUGGGUAUUCAAUUGCGUACAAAAGUGCAAAGCGGAAAAGAAAAAGUGGAAAAUCAAGUAUGUCCGCACGUGCAAGUCAAGCCAAGGAAGGUGAUUAUAAAACAACUACACUGAUUAAUGAAAUCAGUGAUUCAGAUUCAGAAUCAAUGUCAGAGGAGCAAGAUUGA